AUGUCUUUCGCUGAAAACCCGCCGAAAAUCGAGGCUUUGCUGCAAUCGGACGGCUAUUUGCGACUUCACGAGACGGAGAUCCGGCGCCGGUAUCGCGAGUUCGCGCGCCAGUUGGUCGCCAUCGAGAAGGCCGAGGGUUUGGACGCCUUUUCGCGUUCGUACGACUCGUACGGCAUUCACGUGACUAAAGACCACCGUGGAGUGGUGUCCGAAAGCGGAACGCGCCAGUUGGUCGCCAUCGAGAAGGCCGAGGGUUUGGACGCCUUUUCGCGUUCGUACGACUCGUACGGCAUUCACGUGACUAAAGACCAGUCGGUGGAAGCCGUGGAGUGGUGUCCGAAAGCGGAGAAACUCUUUCUUCGCGGAGAUUUCAAUCAAUGGAACCGAACUUCGCAUCCCUUCGAGAGACAGGAGUUCGGAAAAUGGAGGCUCAAGAUCGCGCCCAACGCCGACGGCUCGCCCGCCAUUCCGCACGGAUCCAAAGUGAAGCUCCUGGUGGUCACGAGUGACGGCCAGCAGUUGGACCGGUUGGACCCGUGGGCCACUUAUGUCGUGCAGCCGCCCAAAGAGUCGGGAACCACUCUUUACGACCACGUCUUCUGGAACCCUCCCCAAGAACAGCGCCACGUCUUCCGCGCGCAAAAGCCGCCGGCGCCGCGCAAUCUGAAGAUCUACGAGAGUCACGUGGGAAUCGCGUCCAAUGAGUACAAAGUGGCCACUUAUCGCGAGUUCGCCGACAACGUCGUGCCGCGAAUCAAACGCCAGGGCUACAACGCCAUCCAACUGAUGGCCAUUCAGGAGCACGCGUACUACGCGUCGUUCGGCUAUCAGGUGACGUCAUUCUUCGCCGCGUCCUCGCGCUACGGCACUCCCGAAGACCUCAAGUAUCUGAUAGACACUGCGCACGCGUCGGGCCUCUACUGCCUGCUGGACAUCGUCCACUCGCACGCCUCGAAGAACGUGUUGGACGGUCUGAACCAAUUCGACGGAACGGACGGCGCCUUCUUCCACGCCAAUGGCCGCGGAUUUCACGACCUCUGGGACUCGCGACUCUUCGACUUCACGCAAUGGGAAGUGCAGCGCUUCCUCCUCUCGAAUCUGCGCUACUAUUUGGACGCCUUUCAGUUCGACGGCUUCCGCUUCGACGGCGUGACGUCAAUGCUCUACCAUUCGCACGGAAUGGGUGUCGGCUUCUCCGGCGAUUACAACGAGUACUUCGGACUCGCGACCGACACCGAGUCCUUCAAUUAUCUCCAACUCGCCAAUCACGUGAUCCACCGCUUCUACCCGAACGCGCUGACCAUCGCGGAGGACGUGUCGGGAAUGCCGGCGCUCUGCCGUCCGGUGGAGGAGGGGGGCGGGGGGUUUGACCUGCGCCUCGGAAUGGCCAUUCCCGACAUGUGGAUCAAAGUGCUGAAGCACCUGAAGGACGACGACUGGGAUAUGCAGCAAAUCGUUCACACGCUGACCAAUAGGCGUUGGCAGGAGCGCACCGUCGCGUACGCCGAGAGUCACGACCAGGCGUUGGUCGGCGACAAGACGCUCGCCUUCUGGCUGAUGGACAAAGAGAUGUAUGACUUCAUGUCGAAGGUGACGCCCCUCACGCCAAUCAUCGACCGCGGACUCGCGCUGCACAAAAUGAUUCGUCUCUUGACUCACGGCUUGGGCGGAGAGGCGUGGCUUAACUUCAUAGGCAACGAAUUCGGCCAUCCCGAGUGGCUGGACUUCCCGCGCGUCGGCAACAACGAGUCCUACCAUCACGCGCGCAGACAAUGGAAUCUCAUCGACGACUCUCUCCUUCGCUACGAUUUCCUCAACGAAUUCGACGCUGAAAUGAACGCAACGGAAGAGCGCUUCCGAUGGCUCUCGGCUUCCGGCGCGUGGGUGUCGACCAAACACCAGGACGACAAAGUGAUUGUCUUCGAGAGGUCUUCGGCGCUCUUCGUCUUCAACUUCCAUCCAAACAAAUCGUUUCCCGACUACAGAAUAGGUGUCGAAAAGGCGGGAAAAUAUCGAAUAGUCUUGGAUUCCGACGAACAGCGCUUUGGCGGCCACUCGCGCGUCGACCACAACACCGACUUCUUCACUCACGCCGAGGGCUGGAACGGCCGCCGGAACUCCCUUUUGGUGUACAUUCCGUCGCGCGUGGCGCUCGAAUUGGUUUUCGGUUCGAAUCCGUUGUCCGAAGAGUGGAGACAACAAUACCUCGAGUUCUCGCCGAACGUCUUCUACGGACUCGUCCAGCGAAAGGGCGGUCCGUGCGGAGUGUUGGCCGCUAUUCAGGCGCACCUUCUCGUGCGCCUCUUCUUCUGCGAGACCGACGCCGACGUCCGCCAGUGUCUUGCCAAAGCCAUGGCCGACAUCUUGUGGCGCGCGGGCGACCGGAAGCGCGCGUUCGUCGCU